CAGUUCUAGUCUGCGCUCCGUACUGGUCGGGUUGACUGAACCGUACUCCAGUAUAUAAACAGAUACAGGAGAACAGAUACUUCAGUCCAAGAAUAUUAUAAACAUACUGGAAAACACAAACUUUUCCCAGUGAAAGAGAAUAAAUGCAUAGUUUGGUUUAAAAGGAAGAAUUGAAAGGAUGAGGAUAUGAAGACUAUUUGAAGAAAGAACUAUUUUGACGGAGAGAUGAGCAUUUAUCUUGAGAAAAUGGGAGAUACACAAACUCAUCUUAAUCUUCUUCUUCUUCAUCAGAUAUAUAAACCCAAUAAUAUACCAGUUAACCCUAGAGUGGGCGGUGAUGUUGUGAGCUGUGGUAGCUGUGGUGAGGAAUUCUCUCUCUCCUCCCUCUCAUCAUUUAUCCAGCACAAGAGUUUACCUUGCUCCCCCACAAACCACAACAACAAGUUUAAAACAAAUCCAAGAAAAUAUGUUGAAAAUCCACGAACCUCUCCUGACUCAGCUGGAGCUGAUAAUGAUUCCAGAGUUGAGAGCAGUUCACAGAGCAGCAGAAAAACUGCUUCAGAUGCAGCAACCAAUACUGUCAACACAGAGCCAAGUGUUUAUCCGUGUAUUCACUGUCAACGUCAUCUCUUCACUGCUCUAGAGCUUGUAGAGCAUAUUCACUCUGCUCAUGGUAUCACGCUCUUCACCAAACCUGAACCUAAACUAGAGUACCCAUAUCUUCUCCAGGAUAGGUUCGGACCACUGUAUCCUUCUCUCCAGGGACAUAUAGAUUCUCUCCUUUUAUCCCAUCUCCGAGGAUAUACUGGAUAUACAGGGUUCAAUCCAUUCUUUCAAGAACCUUCUUUUAAAAUAGAUGCAAAACCUAGUCCUGUUAUAUCAGGGUACCUUCCAAAACUGUAUCCAGAUAUAAACCUUAAUACAGAAGACAAAAUCAAAGACGAAGCAGGGACGGAAAGAAAAAGUCCUGAUUCUCUGAACCCGGAGAUAAGUUGUCAAGAAGAGAGGAAGGAUACAUCAUCCUCUCCAUCAACUACCUUCUUAGAGAAUAAAACUGACCGGCCUACUUCUGCCGGAGGAAUAUCGUCAGGUUCCGUGGAUGAAAAUCUGAUAGAAGAAGAGAGCAUGGACGCAGAUGAAAGUGUGGAUGUAGACGAGAGUAUUGAGGAGGCACAGGAUCUAUCAAUCAAGCGUCCGUUAGACGGGACGGAGAACAGCUGUGUCCGGGAUAUAAUGGAUAAGUUUGGAUUCUCCCACAUCAAGGAGUACGAGGAGGCAUACAAGAAAGCCUUGAAAGAGUCGGAGACGGUUAAACAGGAGAAGGAGAACUGUGAUCAAAACCGGAGAGAAAACCUUUACGCCGGUACCUGGAACCCAGCUGUAGACAGAAUCCGAGUAUCCACCAAUCUUUUGGAGAAAAAUCCGCAUCCGGUCAAACGUAGAUCCUCGUUGAAGGAUUUACCCCUGCCCCCCGGUAUACAGCUUCCUCCAAUGGAACCAAGUGCAAUUAAAUCUUUUGUUGAGAAAGGUCGAUUGGACGCUUUGUUCGAUCCUCAGACGAGAAAAGAACUUAUUGGCAAGGGACGGAACGAUACUUGCGAGUACUGCGGAAAAGUAUUUAAGAAUUGUUCUAAUCUGACAGUACACAGAAGAUCCCACACUGGAGAGAAACCAUAUAAAUGUGAACUAUGUCCCUACAGCUGUGCACAAAGCAGUAAACUAACAAGACACAUGAAAACCCAUGGUCGGCACGGUCGCGACAUUUUUAAGUGUCGAUUUUGCGACAUGCCGUUCAGUGUGACAAGCACACUGGAGAAACAUAUGCGGAAAUGUGUUGCACAUAAAAAUCAGCAAAACAGCACAAUUUCAUGACAUGUCAACCAAAGAAAAAAUUACAAAGAUUUUUAGCAAAAUUUCUCCGUUCCAAAAAUGAAUUUGUAAAUGCCCAGACCAAAGCUAGUCUAACAGUACCAUCUUUUAAAAUAUUUUUAUUCAUAAGCCCUCUUAUGCUCUUUAACCAAAUUUUUAUAUAUUUUUAUUACAUAAAGUUAAAACAAGCAAAUAAUGUUGUAACAGCGCAAACAUAUUUUUCUCUAGCAUUUAAACUAAUUAUUCUUAUCUGUACACACACACCCAGUAACACACCCAGUGUAAAAAAGUAUUGAAAGAUUUCAUAAAUUUUGUUUUUCUUUCUUUUUACUGUAUAUUUUGGUUACAGCUUUAAUGUUUUAUCAUAUAUCAUGUAUUGAUAUAAAUGUGUAUUUA